AUGUCAUCACCUAAAGAAGAAGCUGUUGAAUGGAAAGAUAAGGGGAACAAUUUAUUGAAACAACAUAAAUAUGAUGAAGCCAUAGAAGCCUAUACCAAAGCCAUUGAAAUUGAUUCCGAAAAUGCAAUUUUUUAUUCUAAUAGAGCUCAAGUUCAAAUCAAAUUAGAAAAUUAUGGAUUAGCCAUUCAAGAUUGUGAUUUAGCUAUUAAAUUAGAUAAUAAUUUUUUAAAAGCAUAUUAUCGUAAAGGAGUAUCAUUAAUGGCAAUUUUAAAACAUAAACAAGCAUUAGAAAAUUUUAAAUUUAUAUUGAAAAAAUUACCUAAUGAUAAAUUGACAUUAGAAAAUUAUAAACAAUGUACUAAUUAUUUAAAAAGACAAGCAUUUGAAAAAGCUAUUGCUGGGAAUGAUGAUAAUGAAUCGAUUUUUAAUAAAAUUGAUUAUCAAAGUAUACAAAUUGAAAAAUCUUGGUCAGGUCCAGAAUUAAACAUAACAACCAGCACCAGCACCACCAGCACCACCAGCACCACCACCAAAACUGAAGAUAAGAAAUCAGAUGUGAUUGUGAAUAUUGAAGGAUUAAAUCAUGAUUAUUUGAAAUAUAUGAUUAAAUUAUUUAAAAACGGUGGUAAAUUACCAAAACGACACGUUUUUGCUAUAGUUGCAAAAGUUUAUGAAAUAUUGAAAAAUGAAAACACCAUGACAGAAAUAUCAUUAUUACAUUCACAAAUUGAUUUUACUUCCAAUAAUGAUAAAAUUAAUAACUCUAAUGGUAAAAAUGAUCAAAUCAUUGGUGGUAAAAAAUUAACUGUUGUUGGUGAUACUCAUGGACAAUUUUAUGAUUUAUUAAAUUUAUUUAAUAAAUUUGGUCAUGUAACUCAAGAUCAUAUAUAUUUAUUUAAUGGAGAUUUUGUUGAUAGAGGAUCUUGGUCAUGUGAAGUGGCAUUAUAUUUAUAUGUUUUAAAAAUUCUUUAUCCUAAAUCAAUUUUUAUUAAUCGUGGUAAUCAUGAAACUAAUGAUAUGAAUAAAACUUAUGGAUUUACUGAUGAAUGUGAAUUUAAAUAUUCUAAAAAAAUUUUCGAAGCAUUUAAUCAAUCAUUUGGUGCAUUACCUUUAGCUUGUUUAAUUAAUCAAACUUAUUUAUGUAUGCAUGGAGGAUUAUUUUCUAAUGAUAAAGUAACCCUUGAAGAUAUUAAAUCAAUUAAUCGAUUCCCUAAUAAUGGAUCUUCUCAACCACCAAAAGAAGGAUUAGCUAUGGAAUUAUUAUGGACUGAUCCUCAAGAAAUAAAUGGUCGUUCUCCUUCUAAAAGAGGGAUUGGUAUGCAAUUUGGUCCCGAUAUUACUGAAAGAUUUUGUUUAUCAAAUAAAAUUAGAAAAAUUAUUCGAUCUCAUGAAGUUAGAAUGAAUGGAAUAGAAGUAGAACAAAAUGGUAGAUUAAUGACAGUUUUCAGUGCUCCAAAUUAUUGUGAUUCUACUGGUAAUUUAGGUGGAGUGAUUCAUAUUGAAGAAAAUUCAAAUUAUAAAAAAGAAUUAGAUGAUGGUCAAGGUUAUAAACAUGUUGAAGAAAAAAAUUGUCCUUGGAUAUUAACUACAGAAACUUUUGAAGCUGUUCCUCAUCCUGAUUUAAAACCAAUGGCUUAUUCUAAAGGUGGAUUUGGGUUUUAG